AUGUCACCAACUGAAGUAGGAGUGUUCGAGUUAAAGACAAUAGCUCGAGUGGUUUCUUUUUUAUGUGUCGAUUGUAAGUCACUAAUGGCACAAAUACCAAAUAUAAUGAAACAACUGGAGGAACUUACUAAAGAAGUACACCACUUGCGAUUACGUCAAAACAUGCUUGUAACUGAAGGAGCAAUACAAGAAUUGGCUGAGCGCACUAAGAGAGCUAACAAUAUAAUAAUUUACGACGUACCAGAAUCAACCUCGGAUAAACCUUUACAAAGGCAGGGGCAUGAUAAAGAGGAGUGCAGGAAAAUAAUAACGUGUGUGAGCAAAAAAGUUAGCUGUGAUAAUGUGAAACUAUUUCGUCUUGGUAAGUUUCAAGCUGGGGCUCCUCCUCGUCCCAUUAAAGUAGUAAUGAAGUCUAAGAAUGAUGCUAUUGAGAUACUUCGUAACAAAACUAAACUGGAUAAACCGUCAAAUAUUAAAUCAGACCAAACUGCCAUGCAACGCGAGUACUUAAAAUACCUCCGUGAUGAAUUAGAGAAUCGUACUAAUAAUGGAGAACAAGGGUCAGAUAAAAUCUAUAAGGAAUACAGGAAGCUAAAUAACAAACUGACUAAUUUAAGGCGCACGGCAAGGGCAGUUUACGAAAAUCAACUAUUAGAUCUAGGACCAAAGAAAUUUUACUCGUAUAUCAGGCAGCAAAUCACCUCUAAAGUUAGUACACCAAACAUUUUACGGAACAGUAAUGGGCAAUCUGUGACACGUUCUAAAGACGUAGCGGAAGUAUUCGCAGAACAUUUUUCUAAUGUAUUUGAAAGAGAACCACUAGAAGAACUUCCUGCGCUUGACCCAAACCUAAGAGCAACUGAAGUUAUGGAGGACAUCAUGUUCACAGAAUCCAAAGUACAAGCUGCUAUCAAAGAAAUGAAUAUAGACUCUUCACCUGGCCCCGACGAAAUACCCGUACAUGUUUUAAAGAACUGCGGGAUUGAUAGUUACCUAGCAUCAGUAAUGCAAAAAUCAUACGACAAAGGAGUUUUGCCUUAUUUAUGGAAAACGGCUUUAGUGACUCCUGUUUACAAAAAGGGAAACAAAUUAGAUCCUGCAAAUUAUAGACCGAUAAGCUAG